AUGUCACAUAGACAUCGACGAGAUGAGAAAUCAUCAUCGCAUUAUGACAGAGCUAAACACAACACUCGGCAAACAUUUAACAAACCAUUUAAAGAUUUUGAUAAUCGACGAGGGCAAUUCAAUAUAAAUCUUUAUCAAAAUGAUCGACAAGAACGUAUCAGUGCACUUGCUGAUGAUGAAGAUGGGGAUUUAAUUGCUGAACGACAACCACAAUUCAGUGGUUCUGAGAAAACAUCAAGAAUUAUCGAAGCAAACGAUCGACGACAUGAUGCUGUCAUAUUCGGCGACAAAACGACAGAAGAACAACAGAAGAAUCAACUAUGGGAUAGUUUCAAACAAUCAUCGAAAUAUUCGACGACAUCGUUAGCUGGUCCUCUUCUCCUAGAAGAUCUCGAAAGCAAACGAUUGCGAUGGAAAACGAAGAUGCGUGAGCUAUGGAUUCAACGACAUGGUGCCAAAACAAACGCAGAGAUAGAGACUAGUUAA